AUGAAAAUUAUGAAAAAUUUAAGUAUAGAAACUGAUAAAAGCGAUAAAAGUCCACAAAUAAUGAGAAGAAAUAACGAACACUUUGUUUCGUAUAGUGUAGAUGACAAGUACACUUGCUAAUGCAAUUUAUGCAUAUCAUCGUUGAAGAAAAAGUAACGCAAUACAAUAAUGCAGAAUACCCAAACCAUUAGACGAACCAUAAUAAGUUAAAGGGAAGUAAAACUCAAAUGAUAGAGACUUUAUUUUUAUUGUGACUCGUUUGGUUUAAGAAUCCUUUGGCAGAACUUUAAACAUUUAGAUUUAAGACACUGUGUAUUUUGAGAAAGGAGAGCCUUAAUCUAUUUUAUAGAGUAUCAAAGAUGGUAUAGAUAGGCCAUACUAAUUGAGAGUUCAAUAAUGGAAAGGAUCAUUAUAAAAAUUAAUGCAAUACUUGAAUAACAGAAGGAAGAAAAUUGCAAAUACUAAUAUGUAAUUAGAUUUGAUUCAACUGAAUGAAAAAUAAUAGUCAGCUUUGAGUAUUUAAUGAUUAUAUAUUAAAGGUAAUGUAAACAAAGAAUAAAUAAAUAAUAUUAGUGAAAAAAGUAAGGAAGCUGUUUUAGUAAAGUUUGACGAUGAUUCAGCAUAAAUAAUGACUGAGUCUGAGUUUUUUUUAUUAAUGUCUAAAAGAAAGGGGGACAAAUUCUGGCACAAAAUAUUUUAUAUUUAAAAUUACAUCAAAUAGAGAGCAUUUUUAACUCAUAGAAUUCACUUCAAUAGAAAAAGGGAUUUGAAUCAUAAAUUAUUUGAUAGAAGUGCAAUGGAAACCCGUAUUAUCAGAGGUGAAGUUAUUUCAGCAUCAACAGAGUAUAUUAGUCAGACAAUUGAAGAUGAAUUCCUUAGGUAAUUAAAAGAAAGAAGUACCUUUGAAUACUUAAGAUAUAUUACCUUUAAAAUCGUUUAGUUUUUAGAUGUAAUUAUCCUUAAUAAACAUAGAUACUUGAUGACACAAUCAUUAAUGAUGGUAUUUUUGAAUGGAAUUAAGAUGACAGAGGAGACUUUCAAUUUUUCAAUGCAUUCUAAUUGACCUAUGAAAAAAGAGCCAAAGAAGAGAGAUUAGCUUUACUCAAACCCCAUGGCUCUAGCAAUAAUAAUAAUGGAAUCGAUACUGAUAGUGCUGAAGAAGAAAAAGAAAUUGAUCCAAGAAAAAUGUUUAAUAGGAAAUACUAAUUAAGAUAAAUGGCUAGAAAUGCCCAAAAUAAAUUAAAAUUGAAAUAAUAACAUUUAUUAUAUAAAGAUACUCCCAAAGUAAGUUAAUGGCAAACCUAUAUGCAAGAUGAUUAUCUUGCUCUAUUAAAAUCUGUUGGGAUUGACAAAAAUUAAUUUAAUUUGAAAGAGGACAAUUAAUCAGAAUUGACUUUUAAAUAACUCCAUCCUGAAAUAUAGAUCGACUUUUAAAAGAUAAUGAAAGAUCAAUCAUUGUUCAAUAAACUAAAGAGUAAAGUUUAUAUUAAAUACAUAUUUUAGAAUAACUAUUUACUGAUAAUAAUAAAUCUAAGCCUAUUUCACAAUCAAAAAUGUUAAACAGUUUCUUUUUAACUCCUGAAAAAAAAAAACAAAGGUCUCGAACAGUCUCUAAAUAACCUAGAUAGGAUCUGAUUUCAACCCUAAACCAAUCUUCAAUUAAGAAAAGCAUUAGGUCAGUUGAUCGAACUGUGAGUGAAUUUAGAUAUGAUAUUAGUAGAAACGGGAAAAGAUCAACAAAAACACUUAACAAAAUACUUGGUUUGGCAAAUAGUUGA